AUGGAUGCUUCUGAGGAAGCGAAAAGAAUAUCAAUACAGGUUACAUCCCUGUCUACGCAAUUGAUCGAGAGUGUAGAUAAACAGUCACACUUAGAAGAACAGCUUAAUAAAUCUUUAAAAACAAUAGCCAGUCAGAAGGCAGGGAUUGAAAACUAUAAUCAGUUGAAAACAGAUUAUGAAACUUUAAAAAAAGCACUAUUAGAGAGAGAUGGCGAAGUGAAGAAACUGCGUGAAGAUAUAGCCAAAGAAAAUGAGCUUCGAACUAAAGCUGAGGAGGAAACGGACAAACUAAAUAAAGAAGUUGAAGAUCUGACUGCUUCGCUUUUUGAUGAGGCAAAUAAUAUGGUUGCUGAUGCUAGAAAAGAGAAAUACGCUAUUGAAAUCUUAAAUAAGAGACUCACUGAACAACUGCGUGAAAAAGACACUUUAUUAGACACUUUGACCCUACAACUCAAAAAUUUGAAAAAAGUGAUGCAUAGUUUAGAUAAUGAAAGCACAGUCACAAAUAACUCGAACAGGUAUUCCACAAUAUUAAGCGAUUCAGCAACUUCUUCUAGCACUUCUUUGAAUAAAGUUCCAACUUCAUAUUCCCUUGCUUCCCAAGAUAUGUAUAGCGGAAUUGUAUACUCACCAAGCAUUUCAUCUAUUCGUUAUGAUAUAAGCCUUUACAAUGAAUUUCUAAAAUUUGUCGCUGCACUUCCUCAUUGUGAAAACAUAAAGGCGACUUCAUCAGAAUCAAAGUUAAUACGAAGGUUAGUCAAUGAUGAAAUUCAGCCUAUACUUAAGAUUGAUAAUGCGUCAGGCAUCGGCUGGUUGGUUAAAAAAACCUUACUUUCUUUGAUUAUAGACGGCUUAGUGGUUGUGGAGCCCCUAAGUGGCGUUAAUGCAACCUACCAAAUUGGGUACAACUCAAGUAGCCCUGUCAAGCAAGCUACUUCGAAUAUGCCAAAAAUGUUCAAGUUUCCUCUAGAUUCACCUCCAGUGGCGGUGCAUGCUGCAUGUUCCUUUUGUGGAGAAUCUAGAGAUGACAUUGUCGAACACGCAAGGAUGUAUGUAUUGAAGACAUUACACAAGACUGACGACGGUAAAGAACAGGUUACGAAUACGUAUCCGUUAUGUCAUUGGUGUUUGCUAAAGUUGCGGCAAACAUGUGAAAUCUUUGCCUUUUUGAGAUCACUGAAGGUUGGUGCAUGGCAUUUAGAGAAGCUCACCACGCAAAAUAUUACCAAGGGAGAUUUGGAAAAAUUCUCUGAGGUUACGAAACAUACUAAAAGAGACGGCAAGGUUUCCUCCCAAGAUAAGAAAACGAAACGUUUAAGUUUUAUGGCAGGACUUGGUAUCAAUUCUUCAACAAAAAAUAAGCCGAAGAUGGUUUUUACUUCCGAAACAAAUGCAAAGCCAGGACAACCUACCACUAAUAUUCAAAGAGCAUGGCUACAGUUAUGUAAAUUGCGUUGUAUACUUCAUUGGACUCAUAUUGGUAUAUGGGCGGUGGAUGAUUCAAUUUCUUCAAAAAUUGGACCGCUUGUUGAUGAUGAUGACAGCGACGAGAAUCAAAAUGAUGCUAUAUCAGUCCACUUGCAGGACAAUGCUGCGUGGAAGAAAGGUGAGGAAAGACCUUUGUCUUCAUCUAGCGCAGAAGAAAGCCAAAAGAGCGAUACUUUUGACUUUGAAAGUGCAGACACGGAAAAUGGGACCACGGAUGAAUCUUCAACAGAUGGUUCCUCUUCAGAUGGUUCUUCUACGGAUGGUUCAUCGGCGGAUAGUUCAUCAGUUGGCGAAUCUUCCUCAGCAGCGUCUACUACAAGUAGCGCAGAUUCUACUUCACCAGAGGAUAUGGGCGAAAAUGAAGGUGAUGAUACGGUAACAAAGGAUGGUAAAAGUACUAUUAAGUCGAUAAAGAAUAAUGAAGAAAAUAGUAAUUGCAACGACGAAAAGGGACAAAAUAUAGAAAAGAAGAAGGCUUCUCAGCACAAGAUACAAAAGAAGAAGUUACUGCAAGAUUUGGACGAUUUAGAGGAGCAAUUUAGGGAAGAAAGCGCAAUUAAUCAGACCGAACUGGAAAGUUCUGGGGACAUUGUAAAGGAAGUUGUGUCCUCGAAGGAGGCAUUUUCUGAAGACAAGGACUCUACGAAGUAUAACAGCGAAAACACUUUGAAGACAAACUUGACGAUAAGUGAUAAACACCAAGAACAAACAAGGGAAAAUAGCCCAAAUAGCGGAUUGCAUGCGUCUUCAAGCAAUGAUGACAAUUUCGAUGAUGCCCAAGAACAGCAAUAA